CGAGCUGGCUGUUUGCAAGUGAAUUGUCAAUUCGCAAACGACUGGCCGGUGCCUAGAGCUGCCUCUCGCACUCGCCACGGCCGCACGACACCCUGCUCCCCCUCCGCAUCGGUCUCCAAUCAGCCAAACUGCCUCCAGUGCAAUUCCGCUCCUUUGCUGCUGCUUUUCGCAUACCCGAUUCCGAACAGCUCCAAACUGCCCUCUCGAGCGACGACAUUCAUCACCCAGUCAACGACGAACACGACAGUGAGAGUGCACAGCUUGUGGAUGAGGGUGCCACGAACAUGAGCUCCGGCAGUCAGGCGCAGGCUGGCCCAGAGCUGGACGAAAUCCUCUCUGACGAGAUCGCUUUGGACGAUGCAGCGAGCAAGCCAGGUGAUCGGGUACGGGUAUCGCAGGCAUGGAACCCUCCACCGCAACCUUGGGCAUCGCUGGUUAGCGUAGCGUCGGGGCAGGGACUGUUAGCGGUGGCAGGCCCGGACAGCUUGGUCAUCGCGAGCACAAAAGAAGUGCGCCAGAAGCAAUAUAUUCCUAAGCGCGAAGAUGAUGUGACGGGAGACGCGAGACACUUGCCUAUCAACGCUCUGAACACGCUGAAAGUGCCCAGGCUGUCACAUGUCGCCUUCAGCGCUGAUGAGAGCUGCCUCGUCAUUGCUUCUGAAGAGGGAGGAGGAUUGGCUGUUUAUGAGACAGACGCCUUGGUCCGUGGAAGCAAAGAUUCGGCCUUCCAGAUCAGCACUCAAAAUACCGCCGUGCGUCAUGUGUUGCCCAACCCCAACAAAGAUGCGGACACUGCACACCUUUUUGGCGUAGUGUUGAUGAAUGGGCAGCUCGUGAUUGCCAGUCUCAAGAGCCGCGAAAUGGUUGAUGGUCAGAACGGAAAAGUCUUCCACAACAAUGUGCUAUCCGCAUGUUGGUCGCCGAAAGGGAAGCAAAUUGUCGUCGGUUUGCAAGACGGCUCAUGUGCACAAAUUGAUCCCUCAGGUGCGGUCAAAGGUCAAAUCCCUGCGCCACCACAGCUUUCUGAGAUCAAGAACUCGGAUUAUGCAUCUGCUCAAGCGCUUCCUCCAUGUGCGAUACACUGGCUGGAGACUCACAAGUUCUUCAUCGUGUACACGCCUUUCUACGGCACGACCACAAACGAGGACGACAUGCUCAUACACGACUCCCUCUACUUCAUUGCAGAGCGGAGUAGUAAAGAUGCGCCAUUUGUCUUCAGCAAAUCCUCCCUCGACCCCUGCAUGGUUCCACCGCAAGGACAGGACCGACUUCCAGCCUCCCACUUCUUCCAACGUUUGGGUUCAUGGGAUCCAAAGGUGAAGGAUGUUUUGUUGGUCACUUCGACCGCUUGCAGUGAUGGAGGGUCAUUUGUACAGCUGCAAGGUGAAUCCAACUUUGUUCUUUCGACGCCCUUGGACGAAAACCGGAAGAUCACUCUACCCUUUAGCACAAUCGACGACGAGGAGUCAUCCCCUAUUGGCAUGGCCUUAGACUUCAGCUCACAGGAGCUCGCCCCAAAACCCAUCCCCAGCGAACUGGACCAAUUUCCGACAGCGACAAAGCCCGUCCCUUGCCUGAUCGUUGCGACGACUGAUGGCAUACUUUGUAUGUGGUGGAUCAUCUCGAGGGCAGCAGUGCAACAGGAGACUAUGCACGCGAACAUAGUACAUAGAGAAGGUCCUUACCGUGACUAUGCCGACCUUCGCCUGACCAAGGACAAGGCAGUCAUCGAUGAAGAGGGGCAAGCGACAGCAGCAAGCGCAAAUUCAGCCGCUUUGAAUCCUACUCCAAGCUUGUUCGGUGCUAACACGACGACAUCAUCCGGUUCACUCACAAGCAAUCCGGCAACUCCAGCAUUCGGUCAAGCCGCAUUCGGCAAACCAGCAACGCCAGCAGGGACAGGUCCUCAGGUUUCAACGCCAGCUUUUGGCCAGUCUUCGUUUGGUCAGCCUGCGUUCGGCCAGAGUGCUUUUGGCAAACCAUCGACCCCAGCCGUGAGCUCGCAGACCACGGCUCCCGCAUUUGGCAAGCCUUCAACCCCAGGAGCGACACCUGUACAAGGUGCGGCUGCUUUUGGCAUGGCGAGUGCUAUUGGAGGUGCCGCCAGUUCUCCCUGGGCUGCCAAACCCGCUCAAUCGCCAGCACCUGGCGGUGCCACGUUUGGCUCGACCUCAAAGAUGGGCACCACAGGUGGCUUUGGCAGCGUUGGUGCGUUGGGGGCGAACAAGCCAAGCCCAUGGGGGGCAACCGGGACCAAUACCAGCACGACAGCCUCGUCGCCUUUUGGACAAACAGCUGCGGUCUCAUCUCCUUUCUCCAAAUUCUCGAGUACGAAUGCGUUCGCGGCGAAUGCGCCCAGUAGCACAAGCCCCUUUGCCCCGAAAGCGCAGGACACAUCAACGACAAAUCCAAGCACUGGUGGAUCAUGGUUCAGCAACACACAACAGAACAAUACUAGUACCUCAUUCUCAAGCUCAUCCUUUGGUAAGCCGUCGACGCCUUCGUUAUUCCAGCAGCAGUCCACAGGUUCGACUGCCACGUUAGGAUCGAAUGAGACAAGCAGCUUUGGCAAGCCUUCCACCCUGUUCGGCGGUACUCCAUCAUUGUCCAAUAAUUCCAGUGGACUGUCUGGACUUGAGGGCGGUUUCAAGCUCGGGUCCACAUUCAAGGGCGACGGCACGGCCAAGGACGACCUGCCGAUGCCCAAGAACCCGGGUGCAGGACUUUUCGGUGCCAACUUCCUGGGCGGCGCAGACGACAAGAGACCUGAAGUCAAGGCUGAACCCGGAACUGAGAGACAAACAUCCCUCAACGACAUUCCACCGGCGAAGCCACCAGCGAGCGACGGCUCUGGCCUUCCUCCAGACCCGUCAGUGUUCAAUUACAAGAAGGCGCAGGCAGCCAUGGCCGCUCCUCCCGGCGUGAAAGAAGCGCCAAAAGCCGAAGGUGAUGCUGCCGCAGCUCCACUGCCACCUGAUCCGUCCACCUACAAUCAUAAAAAGGUCAUGGCAGGUUUGGGCACACCACCAGGCGCUGCUGAUACAGCAGAAGCUGGCAAGGACGUUCCGAUUGCCGGCAGUCCCCCUGCAGAUAUCACUCACAGUCAAACGUUCUCCCCAGAAAGCUCAGAAGCAGGACCACCAGAUGAUGGGAGCGAAGACUGGGAUGACGAGGAAGAUGAGGAGGACGGCACCGAAGACGACGAAGAUGGGAGCGAGGAAGUAGAAUCUGAUGAAGAUGACGAGGAUGGGGAAGAUGAAGAAGGAGAUGGGCAGCCUCACAAACCGGAAGAUCCAGUCGGGCUGGCCAAAUUCAUGUCCCGCAUAGGUGGUCCAGAGCGAGGGGCCCCUCAGUCGCCAGAGGGGAACCAGUCUAAAACGAAGUCGACUACACCGCAGUCAUCAUUCGAGCAGAGCUACACUCCGAAGGAACUGCCACCGGGUCCGAUCCUGCAGCCAGGAGGCAUGCGGAAGACAGAGGACAGUCCUCGCUCGCCUAGUCCUCAGCGGAGAGCACAGCAACCGCGCUCAGUCACAAGCCCUGUACGCGGAAGGAGUGCUAUGAACCUGCCACCCCAGAUCAAGGCCACUGCUGUGCCUCCAGCCAAACCAGUGGAAAAGCCCAAUUUAGCCUUGCAACCGCCUCGAGAGAAGACAGCAGCUGAGUUGGCAGAUGAGGCAUCUGACAGGUUACGGGAGGAGCUCGCGGCCCCGAUUGUUCCAACCAAAGAGCCGCCUCAGUUUUUCUCACAUCAUGACUACGUGGGUGACGUUGAUACACCAGGCAUUGGAGGCGAGGUUGAAAAAGUCUUCCGAGACGUGAACUCUAUGAUUGACACCGUUGGUCUCAACGGACGAUCGCUUCUUUCUCUGCUCGAAGGCCACGAGCAAUUGAAAAAGCCUGGACAACGGGAUGUCAAGGACCUGGACGACAGUGACGCUUGGACUUUGGCGGAGAUUCGAGAGCUCAGCCGUGUAAUGGACAACAUCGACCGCCAAUUGCAGAACGGCAAGCUCCUCAACGUGCCGGAAACACUUGCGAAGCUGAAGCAAGACGAAGAAGAGGUGCUUAAGCUUCGGACACGCACAAAAGAGAUGCGAAGGCAAAUAGGACAGCAUGUCGAUCCUGAUAAGAUCGCGGAACGCGAUGCUGCAACUUUGUCUGCCGAAGCGGCUGCCCAGCAAAGCGAGCUGCGAACAAGCCUACAGAACGUUCAAAGGCUUCUAGCAGAGGUUGAGGAAAAAGCAACUAUGCUUCGCGCAGAGCUUUCCUCAGUGCAGUCUCGCGAUAGCAAAACUUCCCAGGCCGCUCCUGUGCCCACGGUGGAAGCGGUUGAACGCACAAUUCUAAAGAUGACAGCCAUGGUACAGCAGAAGUCCGGAGACAUCGAUCUACUCGAAAGCCGUAUUCGACAGUUACCCGGAGGUAUCGCAGCUCUACGCCUCGCCGACGACUACGAAGACGAUCUUGCCUCUCGUUUGGGCGGCUCAAAACUUCUCACCGACUCACCUGGUCGAAGGACCCCGCAGAAAUACCCUCGAAUGGCUGCCAAUGGAGACGCUCUCGGCGCGAGCGCAAUGUUCAGCGUCAGCAGGUUCCAGACCCCUCCAAGCUCUAGUGUGCGAGCUAGCCCUAGCUUGAGAGCGAGCGCUUUGGGGCGGAGCGGUGGUAGCGCGUUGGGACGCAGCACGGGAAGCUUGAGUGGCAGCGCGAGGAAGAAGAUGCGUGAUGUUACGUCAGAGGAUAUUGUAGCUUUCAAGGCGAGGUCGCAGAGGAGGAGAGAUGUGUUAGGCGCUUUGCAGGAUAAGAUUGAAUUGAGGGGUCCGAGAAUUGUGAAACCAGCGCAAUAGGCAGCCGCGCCUGGACUUGAUCAUCGAAUGAGAGGAAGAAGCUUUGUAGGAUAGCUCUGUGUAGAUACGUGAGGAUAGAGCGAUUCAUGAGCAGCGCAUGCACAAGAAAGCAUCGUGAAUGCAGACUGUCAAAUGGAAAGCACAA